UAUUCCGCAUCGUUACCGGCGAGGAUUGGAACAAAAUCAUGCACGAUUGUAUGGUACAGCCACCGUACUGCACACCGGCGGCCAACUACUGGGAGACGGAUUGUGGCAAUUUUACCGCCAGCCUGAUCUACUUCUGCACCUUCUACGUCAUCAUCACGUACAUCGUGCUCAACCUGCUUGUCGCUAUUAUCAUGGAGAACUUUUCACUGUUCUACUCGAACGAAGAGGACGCCCUGCUAUCGUACGCGGACAUACGGAACUUCCAGAACACCUGGAACAUCGUGGAUAUCCAUCAGCGCGGGGUGAUUCCGGUGCGCCGGGUCAAGUUCAUUCUGCGUCUCCUGAAGGGAAGGCUCGAGUGCGAUCCGCAGAAGGACCGGCUGCUGUUCAAAUACAUGUGCUGGGAGCUCGACAAGUUACACAACGGAGAAGACGUUAAUUUUCACGAUGUGAUCAAUAUGCUCUCGUACCGCUCGGUCGACAUCCGGAAGGCACUGCAGCUGGAGGAGCUGCUCGCUCGGGAAGAAUUUGAGUACAUUAUCGAGGAGGAGGUGGCCAAACAGACGAUUCGGACCUGGCUCGAGGGAUGCCUGAAGAAAAUCCGUGCCAAUAAUGUUGCGAAGCAACAAAACUCACUCAUUGCCGGUUUACGUGCCACGAAUGAUCAGAAAUUACAACAGCAGCAACAGCAACAACAACAACAGCAACAGCAACAGCAGCAGCAACAGCAACAGCAGCAGCAACAACAGCCACCACCGAUGCCACAGCAACAGCAGCAACCCGCUACUAUAAGCAAUGCUCAGCAGCAACAGCUCCAACAACCAGCACCACUGGCCCAGCAAUCCAGCAUCCAGACGCAAACCCUAUCAUCUCAGGCCUCAUCGCCACUGUCGCCGGCGACACAAUCGCUUCAGCAAACUGCCCUCACCAGCCCCAGUCAGCAGUCGAAGCAAUCGGAUGAGCUGGGCAAGGAUGAGUCCAGUCCUGAUCCGGUGUCCAGUGUAACGCCAUUAGCGUCCGGGCCCACUGGUUUGGUCGGCCCCAGCAGUAGUACACUCCCGCUCGCCACCGAUCAAACGGUGAAGGAUGCGGAGAAUAAUGCGAAAAAUCGUAAGAAAACCCAAACACAAACAACCGUCCUCAAUCGAUCCGACUCGACCGGGUCCACCAGUGGGCGCAAGUUUCUCGCUCCCACCCUGUCCGAUCCGAUGCAGGCGAAGACCGAGAAGGAUCGGUAUCUGAGCAAGAAGAAGCAACAGCACCAACAGCAGCAGUCACGUGGUCCUUCUUCAUCGUCGAUGGCCGGUGGUGGUGUCGGUGCCAAGGGUGUCCACCUGACCGAGCUAAGUAGCCACAGUCUGCAUCUGCACUACCAUCAUAGCUUCGGCCAUGGGUACGGUGGUGGUGGUGGCGGUGGUGACCAUUCACCCCAUUCGCUGCACCACCAUCAUCACCAUCAUCAUCAUCAUGGGACGGGUCAGGGCCAGAGCCACCAGCAACAGCAGCAGCAGCAGCAGCAGCAACAGCAACAGCAGCAGCAACAGUCGUCGUCGGCUCAACAGCAAGCGGGCAGUGGGGGAGGCAAGUUUGGCUCACACUCGCACACCAACAUGAUCUACGAGGUGCACGAUUGGUGGCAGGAACAGGUCCUUAGCACCCACAGCGAGGAGGAAGACAACUGAAUGAAUGACCGCUUCCCAUUAAGAGUACAAGAGUCCUCUUGUACAGAAUAAGGUGGACCACCGGUUCGCUUACGAUGAGGGACAGUAGCGUCACCACCCUUUUACGAUUGUCCUCCCUCAACUGCUUCCAGAAACCCGCGGGAAACAGGGAUUUCACCGUUCUUUGUUUUUUUUUUUUAAGGGAUAUUAGACAGUAUUAAUCGAUGAAAAGCUGUUUUUCUUUAAAGGUAAUGGAUGCAGUCGGGGACGUUAUUUGAUAGUCAUCUAGGUCUGAAGACGCCAUAUGUUAUCGUUACCAGGUGUGAGCUGUAGACCGCUAGGACGGACGAAUGGUAGAUCGAGUUGGAAGCAAACAUGGAUUGAUUGUUCUGAGAAUGUUACGUGAAAAGUAAAUGUUGUUCGAAAUAGCAUGCACAGGAGAUUCUUGCGAAAGCGUCUUGGGCUUAAGUUUAGAUGGGAUUGGCGCAUUGUUUCAAUUGCCUUUGUGCUACCACCGGUUAACACGUUGAUAAAAUUAAUGUUAGUCAAGCGCGAACAAGCCACCAAGUCUUCUAACUUUCUUUCGUAGUUCCGCAGGUGUGUCUACGUAGAAUGGCCAAAUCAAUUGUUAGAUUAAAGAAACGAUAUUUUA